GAUAUGGAAACCUCUGUUAUUUUUCCCGGAGAGGCAGAAGGAUAUGUCCAAAAUCUGGAAACAUUCUCACUCAGGGACAUUGGCUCUCCAAGGUGGUUCAGACAACAUGAGUACAUAGAGAAACUCAACAUGCAGGCGAUAUUGAACGCUUCAGCCACUCAGGACGAGUACGUCAAGGAGCUCCUUGUGUCACUGGGAAAGAUUCCCACCCUGGUCCAUGAGAUGAUUCUAGUAGAGCUUUGGAAACAGAAGGUGUUUCCUAUUUUCUGUCAACUCCAAGACUUCAAUCCGAAGAGCACCUUUCCUCUGUACAUGGUGAUUCACCAUGAGGCUACAAUCAUCAACCUGCUUGAGACAAUUAUGUUUCACAAGGACUCCUGUGAGGCAGCAGACGACUCAGUCCUGGACCUGGUGGACUACUGCCACCGCAAACUAACCCUUCUGGCCAGCAGAGCAUCCAGGGAUGACACCCCAACCCAGGACCGACUCAGUCACACAGAGAGUGGAGACUCAUCCUCUAUACAGGAUUUGCAGGGUCAGAAUGCAGCAUUAGAGUUUGAAAUUUCCCUCAAGGCUCUGUCUGUCCUGCGCUACAUCACUGACCAUACUGACAGUAUCAGUGUGAUCAAUAGGAUGCUGUGCACCCAUAACCUGCCCUGCGUGCUGGUACAGCUGGUACAGCACAGUCCCUGGAGUCGCUAUUCUGCAGGCGCGAUGGAGAAGUACAUGAAUGGAAAAUGGCAGAAAGUUCCAUCUGAAGACCGUCUAAAGAUGACUAAAUUGGACGGCCAAGUCUGGAUUGCUCUGUACAACCUGGUGCUGAAGGAAGACUGCCAAAGGAAAUAUGACUUCAAUAACUUCAACAAGAACCAGCUCUUAAAGUUACGAGGUUUCCUGACGGAGGUGUUAAUUGACCAGCUGCCCAACCUGGUGGAGCUCCAGCGCUUCCUCAGUCACCUCACUGUCACAGACCCUGCCCCUCCAAAGAAAGACCUCAUCUUGGAACAGAUUCCAGAGAUGUGGAACAACAUUAUGCGGGACAAUACGGGGAAGUGGAAGGCCAUUGCCAAGUACCAAGUGAAGGAAACGUUCAACCCCUCGGAGAAGGACCUGAGACAGCAAGCACUCAGACUGGCCCAGACCUAUAACCUGGAUGUGAUGGAGAGUUUGAUCCCUGAGAAGCCCAAGUGUGGAGCCUGUGGGGCCGAGGCUUCGAAGAGAUGCUCCCGCUGCCAGAGAGAAUGGUACUGCCAGAGGGAAUGCCAGGUGAAGCAUUGGUCCAAACACAAGGUUGCCUGCCAGCUGAUGGCCGAAGGCACAGAGAAGCUCCAGAAGGACCUGGCCGUAACGCCUACAGAGAGAGAGGCAGACAUAACUGACAUAUUGGACUGAGUGACGGGAGAGAGAAAGGGCUAACAAGGUGACAAGUCAAUGGACAGUUCUCUACCUAAAUGCCAUUUGGGAUGGGAUUCGAAUGCAGUUGUUUUUGGACUGUUUAAUGUCAACCUUUUGAGAUUUGUCUAGAUUCAAUUCCAACUUCUAGAUUUGAUGAAUUACAAUGAUAAUCUAACUCGUGAUUAGAAGGGUUAAUUUAGGUAAUGAACUGCUAAGCCUUUGCUAUCCCUUUGAUCUCAGACCUGAUACUGAGUGGAACUCACAGGUUGAAUUUGG